AAGACUGAAGACUGAAAUGAAAACUUUCUUCCUCUCCCCCUUCUGAAACCAUCAAAAUCCCUAAUCCUAACCCCUCCCCAACCCGUCGUGGCCCUUACCCCUCCCUAAGCCUGACUCAAGGUCAAGGUACCUUGUGAACUUUGCACACGAAGAGUUCGCAUUAUGGGAAAGAAAAUGCCUCAGAUUUACGUUUGUGAGCUCCUUGAACGUGUCGAAGAAUGCGGUGUGUUUCAAGAGGAGGUUUUCGUUGGGAGUGAUCACUUGGUUGUAACUGAGGGCAAUUGACGCCCUAAAACAUGGUCAUGUUUACGAAGGAUUCGAAAGCGAAGAACCGAUGGCUUGGGUAAUUUGUAAGGCCUCAAUCUAUAUAUGUUAGAUAAAAAUAUCCAGUCUUAAUUCGUAAUUACAUAUAUCAUAAUUGAUUAGCAUCCCAAUAAUGCAUUCGUACAUGGGGCAUGGGGUCCCUACCCGGCUAAAUUUUGAUUGAACCAGCGAAUGAAUCUUGGUUUUCAAAAGGGAGACGGAGUCUGAGUUUUUCAAUCUGCCAUAUGACAAAUGCGCACGGACCCCAUCUCUCAAUUUGCCGACUAUAAAAGUUACCUAUGUACGUUAGGCAGAAAUGUUGAGCAGCUGUGGACCAAUAGCUAAAGGUGGACCAGCCGCUCUGCACUGAAUUAUUUGUUUCUAGAAACUGUACAGGAAGAAGACGAGGUUUUCACAAGUGAAAGCUUUCUAAACUGGCCUGUUCAUGAUCUUUUUAAUCGUCCAGGUUGGAGUAUAGUGUUUUCCUCGUGCUACUAAUUAAAGCUCAUGUUGCGUUACGCUUAACUGCCAAAGACACGUAGUUUUGCCACAGAAUAGAAGAAGAUCAAGAAGAAGCAGCCAAGGACUUCCCAUGUUUCCCACCAUGAUCGUCCCAAAGCUCCAUGGAUUACAAGCCAAACCACGGAGAUCAGCUCAUUACCAUCCUAGCAUUUGGGAUCCGAACCUCAUUCAGUCCUUGAGUACUCCCUACACUUAUGACGAGUUCCACUCGACCCGAUUGGAGGGGUUGAAACAAAAUGCUAAGUGCUUGCUUACAUCCAAUAAUAAAGACCCCUGUGUCCUGCUAAAGCUUAUUGACACGGUGCAGCGGUUAGGAGUGGCUUACCACUUUGGAAAGGAGAUAGAAGUAGCUCUCAAUCUUUGUUACCCAGAUCACACUACCAAUCUGCUCCAGACUGCUUUGCACUUUCGAAUUGCAAGAGAACACGGUUUUCCAAUUAGCUCAGACGUGUUUGAAAAAUUUAGAAGCAGAGAUGGAAAAUUUAUACAGGACGGUUUAAGCAGGGAGAUGGAGGGAAUUUUGGCUUUAUAUGAAGCCUCUCACUUGGGAAUGCAUGGAGAAAAUAUUUUGGAAGAGGUUAAGGAUAUUAGUACUAAAAGCCUGAAAUCAUUAAUGGGAAAAUUUGAUAGUGAUUUUGCUAAGCAAGUGAAAGAGUCACUGGAAAGACCCCUACGUUGGAGGAUGCCAAGAGUUGAAGCUCGUAACUUCAUUGAUGUGUAUCAGAAGGAUACUGCAAAGAGCUUGACUUUGCUUGAGCUGGCUAUUUUGGAUUACAACUUAGUGCAAUCUGUAUAUCAGCAAGAAGUUAAGGAGUUAGCAAGGUGGUGGAGAGAGUUGGGUUUCAAAGAGAAGCUACCUUUUUCAAGGGACAGGUUGAUGGAGAAUUUUUUGUGGGCAAUGGGGAUUGUUUCUGAGCCACAGUUCUCAAAGUGCAGGAUAGGCCUCACCAAAUUUGUAUGCAUACUAACAGCUAUAGAUGACAUUUAUGACGUAUAUGGAUCCAUGGAUGAGCUUGAAUGCUUUACCAAUGCUGUAAAUCGCUGGGAAAUGAAGGCAAUGGAGAACCUUCCCGAGUACAUGAAGAUUUGCUAUGUUGCCAUGCUUAACUUUGCUAAUGAAGUCGUCUUUGAUGUUCUCAAAAGCCAUGGCUUGGAUAUUUUUCCCUACAUUAAAGAAGCGUGGGCAAAUCUUUGUGGAUCAUAUUUAGUAGAAGCUCAGUGGUUUUCCUGUGGAUACACUCCAACUUUGGACGCGUACUUAGAAAAUGCAUGGAUUUCUGUUGGUGGUCCUGCAGCCAUUGUCCAUGCCUAUGUUCUGCUUGGGUGCAGUACCUUAACAAAAGAGUCACUUGAUUGUCUACAGCAUGGCUCUGGGCGGCUAAUAUAUUGGUCAUCUCUUAUUACUCGAUUAAGUGAUGAUUUAGGGACUUCAGAGGCUGAAAGCAAGAGAGGUGAUGUGGCAAAAUCCAUCCACUGCUACAUGGUACAGGAAAGUGUAUCCAGAGAAGAAGCUCAAAAUCACAUAAAGAGCUUAAUCAGCUAUUCAUGGAAGAAACUGAAUGGGGAGUGUGCCAAAAACUCCCUGCCAAAAUCGAUCGUGAAGAUGUCAUUGAACAUGGCGCGCACUUCUCUAUUCAUCUUCCAACGUGGUGAUGGUAUUGGCACAUCGACGGGGUCUAUGAAAGAUCAUUUAACCUCACUAAUUGUCAAACCUAUCCCUAUUGAAUGUUGAUAUAUUUGGUCUAGCUUUGUCAUUUUCUCAGUGCAUGCAUCAUUAAGGUAUAAUCACGUCAAUCAGUCGGAUUUGCAAAAUAUAACAAUAAUAAUAGGGUACGUAGAUAUCACGUUUUCUGUGUUUUACUUUCAGAAUAA